UGCUUGCUUGUCCCGCCGCUCCGCGCGCGCGCCACCUCGGGGAGGACCUGCGGGCGACCGCGGCGCCGGGACGUCGUGUCGGACCCGCGCCUCGGACCCCUCUUCCCGGGCGGCGCCAGGUGGCACGGGAAUGCUGUCCUUGCUGCUCUGGGGCGUGUCCAUCGCUUUCCCACUUGCUAUCACAGCAGAAGCUUGCAAGGACAGUUCCAUACAGAAUGAAGUGCGAUCAGUGGGCCAACCUGCUGCUAUUAAUUGUCAAGACUUUCAGCUAAUGUCUGGGAAAGCAAAUGUGACAUGGUACAAGUAUCCCAGCAAUACUCCAAUUUCCAAAAAUGUAAGUUCCAGAAUUCACCAGGAACAGACUUGGAUUUUGUUUGUCCCCUUGAUCUGGGGUGACUCUGGGGUCUACCAAUGUAUCGUCAAUGAUAUGACCAUCUGUCAUAGAAUACCUGUAAACCUAACUGUUUUAAGUAAAGAUUGGUGCAAUACUUCUGGAAGCAGUCAACAGAAUUUAUCAAAUGAAUACAAACAAAUAUUACAUGUUGGAAAUUAUGGUAAACUUGUAUGUUAUGUGGAAUUCCCAAGCAGCUGGAUUGUUAAACUGAUCAAGUGGUACAAGGACUGUACAGAGAUUAUUAAAAGAGAGCGUUUUGAUGCUUUGGAAAAGAAUCUUAUGGUGAGCAACAUCUCAACAGAGGACAGUGGGAGGUACAUCUGUGUAGCCACAUUGAUCCAUGCAAAGAAGUCCUACACAGUUCAGACAAGCAUUGCUGUGACUGUCACAGAAGAAGUUGUAUAUGGAGGAAAAAUUCCAAAUAUAAUUUAUCCAAAGAACAAUUCAAUUGAAGUACAACUUGGCUCCACUCUCGUUGUUGACUGCAAUAUAACAGAUGUGAAGGGGAAUACAAAUCCACGAAGCUGGAAGGUCAAUGACACGCUGGUGAAUGAUUACUACAGGGACUCCACACGGAUCAGGGAAGGGAUUGAAGUCCCUGUUUAUUUGAGGGAGCAUAAUUUUUAUACCGUAAACAUAACCUUCUUAGAAGUGAAGAUGGAGGAUUAUGGCCACCCUUUCACCUGCCAUGCUGGAGUAGCUGCAGCGUAUUUUAUAUUGAAACCCCCAGCUCCAGAUUUUCGCGCAUACUUGCUUGGUGGGCUUCUUGGCCUGAUGUGUGUGGUCGUGUCUGUCACAUGUAUCUACAAUGUUUUCAAAAUUGAUAUUGUACUUUGGUAUCGAAGUGCCUUCAGCUCUACUAGGACCAUGGAAGAUGGGAAGCUCUAUGAUGCCUACGUCUUAUACCCGAAGGCCCAAGAAAACAAGAGCCCCGAGGUGAACACUCUGGCAUUGAAGAUCCUCCCUGAGGUGCUGGAGAGGCAAUGUGGAUACAAGCUCUUUAUUUUUGGCAGAGAUGGGAUUCCUGGGCAAGCCGUGGCCAACGUCAUCGAUGAAAACAUUAAACUCUGCAGGAGGCUGAUCAUCGUGGUAGUGGCGGAAUCGCUGAGCUUCGAGCUGUUAAAGAACAUGUCGGAGGAGCAGAUCGCCAUCUACAAUGCCCUCAUCCACAACGGGAUGAAGGUCAUCCUCAUCGAGGUGGACGAGGCCACGGACUACACAGCCUUGCCAGAGUCCAUCCAGUACAUCAGACGGAAGCACGGCGCCCUCCAGUGGAGCGGGGCGCUGACGCGGCAGCCGCAGUUCGCCCAGAGCAAGUUCUGGAAGAAAGUGAGGUACCACAUGCCGCCCAGGCGGUGUCCACCCUCGCCUCCUGUCCAGUUGCUGACUCACACGCCCUGUGACCGCACAGCGGGCUAGACGACAGCCAGUGCCGCCCCCGCUGCUGGGUGACUCACAGUUGAACAUGAUCUUGAGGGCCUGUGUUUGCUUGCCAGGACCAGCACUGCUGCUUUGGGGGGCUCACAGCCCCUGUCCAGAAGGCAUCCAGUCACUGCUGGCUCUGAUCUGAAGGCACAGGGACUCACACGUGGAGCACAGAGUCACUGGCAGCAGCAGUGCUCAGCAGGCCGAGGAGUUGCCCACAGAGGGCAGAAGCUAGUCUGGCAUGUGCUGUGGCCCCUGAUGUGAGAUCUGGCUCAUCAGGGCAGUGCAGAAAGGGCAGCCGUGUGCUUGGGAAGGGCUGGUGGCCAGCAGGGUCAUGGCACGUCCUCUCGCCUGACCACUGCUUCGGGCACUGCUUGUCAGGAUGACCUGCUGCGUCUAGGAGCCCCUGUCAUUUCUCAGCACAAAACACAACCGUGGCCAGAGUCUCAGAGUAUCCUGCUGAAACGACAGAUUCCCGAGACAGGGGGCACUUGGGCAGCUGUCCACGAAUCACCUUCCCCGUGGGUACAGGCCAUGAAAGAAAGAUUUCUCCUGUCUCUUCUCUCUUCCCUCCUUGAAGGGACAGUGAGAGGACAGCAGCACCUGAGGGGCCACCAGCAGGUCAUAAGGUGACAAUCAACAGCCUUUCCCUGAGACCUUUGCAGCCUGAGUCGCCUGGAAAUGGAUUAGAAUUCCUCAUGGAGAUUUUCAAGUUUAAAGUCUGUUUUUUGUUUCUUUUGCUGUUUGUUUGAUUUUUAGGCUACACGGGAUCACUUCUGGUGGGGCUUGGGAGCUGGGGAACAAAGCUGAGUUGGCCUCAUGCAAGGCAAG